UUUUGUGUGUGACUCGGAGGAAACAGGAGCUAGCAUGAUACUUAUAAUUGUAAUAUAAAUAUAGACGUCCAAUAGAACAUGCUUAAACUAAAUGGUUAUUAGACGAGUGCUGACCUGUAUUGUUUUUAACGUGACACAUCAAAGAAAAAUAACCAUGGCGUCAAGAAAAAGAGCUGCCGAAAAGAAAUCCAACAAUGACCAAAAGCCAUCUUCUACGAAGCAGUUGAAACUGGAUACAUUUGUAAAGGGGAGCUCGUCUACAUUGAAGUUACCUGCAGGAACAAAGAAGGAGGACUUUGAGUUUUUCUGGAGGGAGGAGUCGCCAUUUAGCCAGUUCCAUCCUGCUGUGUUUACUGUUGAUGGUACCAAGUAUAACUGUGCUGAACAGUACAUGAUGCAUCAGAAAGCGAUAACAUUCAAAGAUGAUGAAAAUGCUAAGGCUAUAAUGAAAGCAGCGAAACCUUUUACACAAAAGAAAUUGGGUCGUAAAGUCAAGAACUUUGCCCCGGAUGUUUGGAGUGCCAAGUGUGUGGAUGUGGUUAAAAAGGGAAAUAUAGCAAAGUUUUCCCAAAACAGCCAUCUACGAAAGAAGCUGUUGGACACGUAUCCUAAGAUAAUGGUUGAGGCCAGUCCCAGGGAUCGUAUCUGGGGAAUUGGACUGGCGUCAACCAAUAAGCUUGCUUGGAACAAAAGCACAUGGAGGGGUAAAAACCUCUUGGGUUAUGCACUGACGGACGUUCGCAAAACCCUGAUGAGCGACCAGCUUUCAGACAAAUCCAGUGCUGAUGACGAAAGCAACAGUGACACAAUUGAAGACGAUACAAUUACAGCCAACAAAUGAAGUCACUGCAUACAAAGGUGUAUGUUAAAUCGCUUUUUAAGUAUACAAGAUUAAAUCUUGUAAUGACUCCUGUACAAAAUAGAUUUAAUCUAGACAAAAAUAUACAGACAAAAAUUCUUGACCUCAAUUUGACCUGAAAAAAUUCUAACCUACAAUUGACAUGACUUUGACAUGAAAAAACACCAUGAUCAAAACUUGACCUGAAAUAUACCAGAAAUUGACAUCAAGAAUUUUUCAUGUCAAAAUUGGAUCAAUUUCAGGUCAAAUUGGCGUCAAUUUGAAAUUGAUUUUUUUUUUGCUCCUUGCAGGUCAAAUUGACAUCAAGAAAUUUUGCCUGUGUAUUGUCACAAUCUGUUUCAAUAUUUUCAAAUUGAAUCCUGUACAGAUUUUUAUCUCUCCUUUUCAUUUUACCAAGUUCCAGUCAUACUUUUAUAACCUUGUUGGAAAAGGUAAACAUUUCAGUUGGAUUUAGAAAACAAGGCAGAAAUGAUUCUAGCUCUUCUAGAUGGAAAUCUUCUAACAUUCUACGGUCAGAUUCGAGGACAUCUUACAUGGUCAGCAAUACAUAAGCCAUCCCUCCUUUGACCUCAUCAAGCUGUGACCCAGUGCACAGUUAUGACCAAUUAGCAGUAAAAAUUGGUGUCUGUUUUGAUUCUUAUUAAAUUGUAAAGAAUGUCUUUUAUCAGAAUUUGUUUAGAAUUUCACCUUUUGCUGUCAGAAUAACACUGAAAACAUUGGACAAGUGCAUCUAGUUUGAAAAAAGUUUGAGUCUGAACGUGAUAUGGAUACGGUAUUAAUGACAUGUACAAUUUGUAUCAUGUUGAAGUUAUCACUCCUGUAAACAAGGAUGUGGUAUUCAAGGGACGAUGAAUCAAAAGAAAAGUCAUAAAUAUGUGUGUUCACAGUAUAAUUUAAUCGUUAAAGUCUAAUUAGUAUCCGAUACCACUCACCUGUCAAAUGUAAAUUACCUGUAUUAUAUGUGCUUUUUAUAAAUGGCCCUAAUUUGCGUAAACAUCAACCUAAUAUACAAUUUAACAAUUAUUUUUCCUAAUCUGAGCCAUUUAUAUUGGAUGACAUAUAGAUAUAAAGAUCUUUGCAUAAAACUUAAUGUGAAUGGAGUAAUUUGAUCUUGUGUAAACAGACAUUAGUUUUCUGUACGAGACAGUACAUGUAUUGUCAUACAUUUAUAUUUAUUAUCAUAUGAUAUUGCCACUGUAUAGCCCUACAUAAUUCAGUUGGCAUUCAUAUAGGCUAUGAAUGCCAUGGACCGAUUAUUGACGUCAUCAUCAUUAUUAUGACGUCAUAAUUGUUAUGUUGGAUACCACUAACCCUCCCAGGGCGAUGGCUGUUCUAUUCAUUAAACACACACACAAUACAUACAUUAUUUGAAGUAAAUGCUGAAUAAUAAUAAUAAUAAUUGUUACUGAAUUUUCUAUGAGAUCAACUGAUUCCAUAAUUGGUCAAUGGAAGUAUUGAACUACUUUAAGUUGGUAUUCCUAGGCAAUAAGAAUGUAGCUCACUUCAUUGAAUUUGCCUUUGUCCGGUCGGCAUUCAUAUUGUGUAUGAAUGCCAACUGAAAGCAGUUCUAUGCUUAAGUAUAACCACAUACACUGCAGGUCUACACACAACAUAAAAUACUGGUAGUACGUGUAUUGUCAUGAAUACAUCUGUAUCACCGGGACCUGAGAAUUUGUUACCACUAUAUUUGGACCUAAGCUAAGGUGUUCAGAAUAAUUUAAAUUUAUACAUUCUAUGGGUUUAUAUCAACUUUUGGUAAAGUAUCAGCAUUUAAGGUGGCAUUUUUACCGAAAGUUGAUCCAAAUCCCUAAAACGUGUAAAAUUACUCUGAACACCUUUGACCUUAGUUAAGGUCCAAAUAUAGCUGUUACAAAUUCUCAGGUCCCUGUGAUCUGUACAUGUAUAACCAUAUGCACAAAAAUAAACACGUCAGGUCUGCAUACAACAUAAAAUACUGACAAUGCCAGCUUUGUUCUCAGUAGUAACAAUAACAUAACAAUAAUGUUUACAGACAACAAAUAGAUAUGCUUGUAAAGAUAGUCUUCUCUUCCUUGACUGGGAUAGAUUUGAGAAAUGUCAAGGAAAUGCUGUUGAUGUUUAGAUGGGUUAUUAUGGGAUGUUUUGUUUACUAUACUGUUUAGUGUUACGUUGUGUUUGUGUUGAAUCUCUGGCUCCAUGUGUUCACUGUUAAUGGGUGUGAUUUUAAAUGUGAAAUUUUCAAACGUGAUUUUUAUAUUUCAAGCUGACCAUACUUACAACUUAAUCUAAAUAUUGUUCUUUCUAUUGCUUUUUAACUUGAUGUAAAUAGAUGAGAAGACCUAUGCUUCAGCUUGCAUAUUUUUAGCAAAUAAAAUGUCUCCAUGGA